AUGCGGCGCUCAAUUCCUCUUCUGUUCCUUGUGGCCAAGGCAUCCACUGUCAAUGCCAUCACAGUCGAUCUAUCGACACGCUACCAGAAGAUGGAUGGCUUUGGAUUUUCACAGUACUUCGGUACCGCCUCAACAAUUCAGACGCUGCCCGCCGAUCAGCAGAAGCAGACGCUGGACCUUCUCUUCAACGUCACCACCGGCGCUGGUCUGACCAUACUCCGCAAUGGUAUCAGUGUCGAUAUUAUUGAGCCCAAGAGUCCAGGGAACGCCACUGACAAUGCCACAUACGGAUGGGACGGUAGCGAUCAAGGCCAGGUUUGGCUCUCGCAACAAGCGCUAAAGUACGGGGUCAAUCGCUUCUAUGCCGACUCGUGGAGCGCGCCGGCGUUUAUGAAGACCAACGACAACGAAGAUGAGGGGGGUUAUCUCUGCGGUGUGACAAGCGAGACAUGUAAGACAGGUGAUUGGCGGCAGGCAUACGCAAACCUCAUAGUCCAGUAUCUCUUUGAUUAUAGGUCUGAGGGGAUCAACGUAACGGAAGUCGGUUUCCUCAACGAGCCCGAAUAUACGGGCUCUUACGCCUCCAUGCUUUCGACUGGGACGCAAGCCGCAAGCUUCAUUGAAGUCUUAUAUCCAACCCUUCAAGCUGCAGGGCUUGGAGAUGUUGGAAUCGUCUGCUGUGAUGCGAUCGGCUGGUCCUACGCAGUAGAAUGGACAGCGCAACUCAUUGCCGCUGGCGUCGAGCCUAUGCUGUCUCGUAUCAGUUCGCAUUGGUAUAGCGGCGUAGGAAAUGGGCCUUUGAACACUUCUCUGCCAGUCUGGCAAACAGAAUACUGUGCGCUCAAGGGCGUAUACAGUGACGUCUGGUACUCAACUGGUAAUUCCGACCUCUCUGAAGGCUUGACAUGGGCCAACUUGAUCUACGAGGGCGUUGCACAAUCCAACCUGACAGCCUUCAUGCACUGGUGGGGCGUCAAUUUUGAUGCUGCAUCUGGCUCACUUAUUUCCGCUGGCUUUGGAGGUCCUGUCCAAGCAACAUCCUAUUUGUGGUCAUACGCACAUUGGAGCCGUUACGUUCGGCCUGAUGCUUUUCGAGUUGCGGCCACCAGCAAGGUCGGGACGACUGUGUCUUACAGCGCGUUCCAUAACGUUGAUGGCAGCGUCAGCGUCCAGAUCAUUAAUAAUGGGGCCACGGCUACGCCGUUCGAUGUUAGCGUAACGGGGAUGAAUGUUACAGAUGCUCAGGUGUGGUUCACGGACAAUUCGUAUGUCGGUGUGUACUCGAUGAAUGGCACCGUGUUGUCGAAGAAUGGGACAAUCAGCUUGACGGCACCGACAAAAAGCAUGGUUACUGUGGUGUUUUCCCCUGCUUCGUAAGUGGCGGGGAAAAAGUGUUGGGUAUCAUGAGGGGCCCAUCUCAAGUUGGCAAGAAACGUUUGAUAGAGUGUGGAUAUCUAGGCUGGGAUUUCGAGGUAUGAAGUGAAAUGUGUUCCUGGUUAAAUUCGCGGGUUUUAGGGACAGUCCAGGCUUUUGGGAGUACAACCGGGCUGUCCGGGCAGAAUAAAGUCAUUCUUACUAGCUGUACCUAAUUCCCUACUCUUUGGGAAUACCCUUAUUUUCAUGCUUUAGCUUUUAAUCCUUAGCAUUUAAUCCUUAGC